CACAAACUUGGGGAGAACCUAAUUUCAUGCUACCAAAUUGUAUAGGCUUUUUCUUUGGGAUUGGAAACAUAUUAAGUAGUAUGGGACUUUGGAGUUCCCAGGUUCAGGACUUACGGCACUUGCGAAGCUCAGAAAUUUUAUGUUAGUGGGAACAAGAUUAAAUUAUAAAUUUUCGGGGCCUCAAAGAUAGAAAUUUAAGUUAUGAGGGCUAAAAUUAAAUUAUUAGUUUUUGGGGAGUCAAAAUACAUUUUCACCAUAUGAACCAAAGAGGGUCGGAAAGGUCUCCCUUGGGUUCCAUACCUGACUUCCUCUGCUGGCAAAACUCAACCCUACCUCAAAAAGUUAGCUUGUAAGGUGGAGACUCUAAUAGGGGACUUAGGUACAAGAGGUAUGCAAUGUGGAACUUUUUUAUUCCUCUUUUGACAACUAAAGAGGUAGGCAAUGUAUUAACAAGGGUUGGAUGUAGUGAUAAGGUACAUUACACUCUCAUGGGAGAACUCAAAUGCUAAUCUUAGAAAGGAUAUUGUUGAGAGGGACAAUCACAAAUCCUAAUAGGUUUAUUCUCUAUGGACUGUAAACGGACAUGGAAGCUACCUUGAUUUAAAUGAAAGAAGAAAAAAAGUUUUAGGGAAUGUGAAAAUUUUUUUAUUCCUCUUUUGACAACUGCUGGUGAAAUCGGUGUAGAACAGGCAACCCAAUGAAAUAAGCUAGGAAUGUAGCUCUUCCACCAGGCUAAGGAAACUAAAAUUUGACAUCAAAAGUUGAUUGUAAUGUGGAGAGUUUGAGAAGGUAUACAAGUCAAACUCAAAUGCAAGAAGUGAUGUGAGACUUUUGAUAUAAGCAACUAAGUGCUUCAAACAAGGAAAAACUCACAUUUAGUUUGUGUGAGAUUAUAUUCGACAAUACUACAACAGACUAAUGAUAUCGAAGUUUGCAGAGGUAGGAGCUAUAUAUGUAAGAUUCUACUACCGUAGCUUGUGGAACAUUUAUUAUCCUAUUAAAAGGGCACACUUUGCUUUUCAAAAAGAGAUCAUAUUUGCACGAGUGAGGAAAAAUCAUUGAAGUAUCAAAGUUGAAUUUACAUCAAGAUGGGCUUCAAAAUAUCUACAGAAUAUCCGUACUAUGAUGGAAAAUUUCAAAAGAAAACUUGAACGAUUCGAUCUUGAAAGGAAACUUUCCCUUUGGAGAGAGAAAUUUAUUUUCAGGGGGAGGUUGAUAUUUGGUCCAGAUGCAAAGUCGCUGAUUAUUACCUUACUACUUAUCAUUGUUCCCGUUAUUAUCUUCUGUACAAAUGUUGCACGGAACCUUCUUGGUGAAACUUCAGGAAAUAUCGCUGGCUAUGCAAUUCUCAUGGUGACAGUAGUUUUCACAAUCUAUGUAUUACUACUGCUUCUUCUUACCUCUGCCAGAGACCCUGGAAUUGUUCCUCGCAAUUUACAUCCACCAACAGAAGAGAUGUGUUAUGAUUCCUCAGCUUCAAUUGAUGUUGGGAGACAAACACCAACCCCACGACUACCACCCACAAAAGAAGUUAUUGUCAAUGGUGUGCCUGUUAGGGUGAAGUAUUGUAUCACAUGCCAGUUGUAUCGUCCACCUCGUUGCUCACAUUGCUCUGUAUGUGAUAAUUGUGUGGAGCGAUUUGAUCACCAUUGUCCUUGGGUAGGCCAGUGCAUUGGAAUGCGCAACUACCGGGCAUUCUUUUUGUUCAUUUCGUCUUCAACCAUCCUCUGCAUCUUUAUCUUUGGAAUGUCUGCCUUGAACAUAAAAUUCCUUACGAAUGACUAUGGAACGGUCUGGAAGGCAAUAAAAGAGUCACCACUUUCGGUGGUACUAAUGGUUUAUUGCUUCAUUUUCCUUUGGUUUGUUGGAGGACUUACCUGCUUCCACUUAUAUCUUAUUGGCACAAACCAGACCACAUAUGAGACAUUUCGUUACCGAGGAGUAGAAAGGCCCCAAGUAUAUGACCGUGGCUGCUUGAACAACUUUCGAGAAGUAUUCUGCUCCAAGAUAAAACCUUCAAGAAACAAUUUUCACGCUUAUGUACAAGAAAAUGAAAGAGGGUUUACCCGGGGCAUGAAUUCAGAAGGUUACAUAGGUAAUUUAGAUGGAAACCGAAGAGAAAAAGUAGAAGACGACCGAGAAAUCGGUGGCGACCUUCUCAAGAUAUCCCAACGCCGUGAAGCUGAAGAUGCUUAAGAGCAACCUCAACAAGCAGCAGCAGGCCUUUACCAAAUCUCUUCUAAGGCUAGCUGAGUUCCUUUGGGAUGAAAAAUACCUUAAAUGGGUAACUUUAUCUUUGCCUAGAAAUCUUGAGGGCAUGGAUAGCUAAAGAAUUUUGAAAGAAAGAAAGAAAGAAACAGCAGCAUAGACUAGCACUGGUUGUUUUAUCAGAGUCCAUAUUUGUUUAUAGACAGUGCAAAUCCAAUUUAGUUUUAUAAAUAUCCAUCACUGAGUUAUUCAA